UACCCUAUUAAGACACUCUGCAUUCACCACUUUAUUCUUCCUCUCCCAUUUCUCUACACUGUCUCGUCCAUGGCGGCCGCUACAUAUUUUGCUCCCUCUAUCUCAGCCUCCGCUUCUAAAACCCUAAAACAAGCUGCUUCUCUGAAACCUAUUUCUCCGUCCAGCUUGGGGUUCUCGUCUUCCUUUUCUUCCUUGGGAUCCAAUGCUCUCAAGGCUUUUGGAAUGAGUGGUUCUAACGCUUCCGGCUCCGCUCUUGGUGCUCGUAUGGUCUCCGUUCCUGCGAUCAAGCCCUUACCUACGCUUGAUUUUGAUACAUCUGUCUUCAAGAAGGAGAAAGUUAAUCUCGCUGGCCAUGAGGAGUAUAUAGUGAAGGGUGGUAGAGAUCUUUUUCCCCUGCUGCCGGAAGCGUUCAAGGGGAUCAAGCAAAUUGGUGUCAUUGGUUGGGGUUCCCAGGCACCUGCACAAGCUCAGAAUUUAAGAGAUUCGCUUGCUGAAGCCAAGUCUGAUAUUGUAGUUAAGAUUGGCCUGAGGAAGGGUUCCCGUUCGUUUGCGGAAGCUCGAGCAGUUGGUUUCUCUGAGGAGAAUGGGACUUUGGGUGAUAUAUAUGAAACUAUUUCGGAAAGUGACCUUGUUAUGCUGCUGAUUUCUGAUUCUGCACAGGCUGAUAACUAUGAGAAAAUAUUCUCCUACAUGAAACCAAACAGCAUUCUUGGACUUUCCCAUGGAUUUCUUCUUGGCCAUUUGCAAUCAUUGGGGCUUGAUUUCCCUAAGAAUAUUAGCGUGAUUGCUGUUUGUCCAAAGGGGAUGGGUCCAUCUGUGAGGAGGCUUUAUGUUCAAGGAAAAGAGGUUAAUGGUGCAGGAAUUAACUCUAGUUUUGCAGUUCACCAGGAUGUUGAUGGUAGAGCCACAGAUGUUGCAUUGGGUUGGUCUGUUGCUCUUGGCUCUCCAUUCACAUUUGCUACCACUCUGGAGCAAGAAUACAGGAGUGACAUCUUUGGCGAGCGAGGCAUUCUACUUGGGGCUGUUCAUGGAGUUGUGGAAUCCUUGUUCAGAAGGUAUACUGAAAAUGGAAUGGCUGAAGACCUGGCUUAUAAGAACACGGUCGAAAGCAUAACGGGGAUUAUAUCAAGGACCAUUUCCACCAAGGGAAUGUUGGCAGUAUACAAUUCCUUCUCUCCUGAUGAGAAAAAGGAAUUUGAGAGAGCAUAUAGCGCAUCAUAUUACCCCUGUAUGGAUAUUCUCUACGAAUGUUAUGAAGAUGUUGCUAGUGGAAGUGAAAUCCGCAGUGUCGUGCUUGCUGGCCGACGAUUUUACGAAAAGGAGGGUCUCCCAGCUUUUCCAAUGGGGAACAUUGACCAGACCCGGAUGUGGAAAGUCGGUGAACGUGUCCGAAAAUCGCGUCCUGCUGGUGACCUCGGCCCGCUAUAUCCUUUCACUGCUGGUGUAUAUGUGGCAUUGAUGAUGGCACAGAUCGAGAUUUUGAGGAAAAAGGGCCACUCUUACUCUGAGAUCAUCAACGAAAGUGUGAUCGAAUCAGUGGACUCUUUGAACCCGUUCAUGCAUGCUCGUGGUGUUGCGUUUAUGGUCGACAACUGUUCUACAACAGCACGACUGGGAUCCCGAAAAUGGGCUCCACGCUUCGACUACAUUCUCACCCAACAAGCCCUGGUUGCCAUUGACAAUGGUUCAGCCAUCAACCAAGACCUCAUCAGCAACUUCCUGUCUGACCCAGUUCAUGGAGCAAUUGAAACAUGCGCCCAGUUGAGACCCACUGUCGACAUUUCUGUUCCAGAAGACGCCGAUUUCGUUCGCCCAGAACUACGUCAAUCGAGCAACUAGAAUAUGCCAACAUCGGGCCAUUGAACCAAGUUAUAAAUCGUGCUCGAUAAAGGACGGCUGUAUGUACCUACGGAUAUGUACUGCUAUUCUGAUUUUCUUCAAGGUCUGGCCUAGUUUUAUAUCAUGCUAAGUUAGUUGAGUGGUAGUAAUAAGUUAUGCAGUUCUCCCCAAACGAGUGAGCGCUCACUCGUAUGAUGGGGCGAGUAAUUAGUCUGUGUUUGUUUUGUUUAUGUUGCUAUGUAGACUUGCGUAUCGGAAUUAUCAGCUACUUUUUUUGGCGUCGAAUAUUAUCUUCCAUAUCCUUGCCUGUGCA